AUGUGCGUGAUUACAGGCUCUGCGGCUAAUAUAACCAAACCCAAUCCAAUCCAUUCCACCUAUCAAUCCUCGCAACCUCUUCCCACCGAAGAAGGCUAUAGAGCUGCUCAUGAUAUGGAAAUCAUGUCGAUAUACGGUCUACAGAGUGGACCCCUCCCAACCCCUCUUAAAGCCACACCAAAGCAGCCUAAUGCAGUACUCAUGUUGACUACUUGCUGCUUUUCUACCCUCCUGGUUUGGACUGUUUCUGCGAGCGAGUACUAUCUUCCGAUUUCCCUCCCCCCCGGCCAGACCUCCAGUGCGUCAUCCAGCUCGUUUUGUAUCGUGUCAGCCACUGUAUACACCCUCAGCACCAAGUACAACUCAACCAAGGGACGAGUCGAGGAGGGUUUUUGA